GCAAGAAGUGAAGAAAAAGAGAGGAAAGUAUUUGAUCCAUUUAACAUGAACGGAAAAAGCAAAUCGUUAGCUGGCGAAGAGCUUGCAAACUUUUUUGCAUCCAUAAACAACAUGAGCAGUGUAAAAUCCACUGAUGUUCAUUAUUUUAACAUGAACAGACCAGAAAAACAUUACAUCAAACCCAACUAUACAGAAAUUACAUUGAAAAGAAUAUGUCUCAAGAUAAAGAAAUGAACAAAACGUUGUUUCAUCAAAAAUUGAACCUCAGCAAGAGUUACGAAAUAUCAAAACAUGAAAACAACACAUAUAAAAUGCUGCGGAAGAAUCUUUUUAAAUCAAACCAUAAUGAAAUGAAGCGAUUAUUCGUUAUUCUUUUAGUCUUGAUAGUAGUUGGGGAAUUUCUUGAGACACCUUCAGCCCCAUUAUCAGACGCUUCACUUCUCGAAUACCUCGGAGAAAAUCGAAUACAUUACGGAAAACAACGACUCUGGGGUUCGUUAGGUCACGGCAUAGCGUCGUUUUUUGUUGGUAUGAUAAUGGAGCGUUCACGUCAUGUUAUAUGCGGCGAAGAGUUCAUUGACUACACUACAUCAUUUUCUAUGUUCACGCUGUUUAUGCUAAUUACUUUAGUCAUUUCAGCUAAUUUUAAGUUUCAAUAUAAGAUGACAGAAGAGAGGAAAGACAGUGUUUUCUCAACUGUCUUUACGAUACAUUAUGCAUCAUUUUUAACCGCCUUUUGUUAUAUGGGCAUGUGUCAUGGUUUGACUCAUAAUUUCCUUAUGUGGUUCCUAGAGGAUCUUGGUGGAUCCAAAACACUUAUGCAAUCUCGAUUGCAAUUGGCUAAGAACCUAGCUACACUGCUAUAGGUGACAUAUUAUAUAAUUGUUCAUGCAAAAUUGUAAAUAAAAAAGUAUAAUGACAGACACUUGCUCGAUAUUUGCAAGCGUUUUGCAAACUGUUUUCGCUCGAAUUAUUGAGUAUUAAGACGUAAAAAUAAACAGAAUGGGUUAAA